AGUCUUGAUGGACUGAACACAUCGACUCCUGACUCAGGGACUGAUUACCCCAAGUUCCUUACAUCUUCCACAUUUUUGUGCAUUGGACUGAAGAAGCCACUGUGUGGCGAAACGUUUACAGAAUAAAGAUACCCAAAUGCUGUACAAGUGUCUCAUUCAUCCCUUUUAACCCCUGGUCCACCAAGUUGUUAGUGCUAGCAGCCACAGACCUAGUCAUCACAACCCCACUAAUCUACCAUUUGAAGGAGAUUGUGAUCUAGUCUUAAGAACUAAAAGUUUGGAUUAUUAUUAUAAUCAAAAAGAAGCGCUAAACCACAAGGGUUAUACAGCAAAAAGUUUGGAACACUGACAAAUAUGCCAAAAGCCAAGUUAUCGAAGCUGGAAUCUGGGACGAAGACAGUCGAGCGGGCGGCCAAGAAGUCGACCCAGAGCUGGAAGCGACCUCGAGGCUCUGUAGUGUGGCUGUAUUUCCAGUUCGACUCCCCUGCGCGGCGGAGGACAGUGUGUAGUCUGUGUAACCACUCCAUAGGCUGGGAUCCCAACACCAACUCCACGUCGAACAUGCUCAAACACAUGCGUAGCAAGCACCCGGAGCACCUGGAGACAGCCAGGCAGCAGGGCGACAUUACCAACUUGGUGCAUACUUACUACGCUAUGGGAUUGCCGUCACAAGACAUCCACGGUAGCGGGGAGUUCAGCCACAACAAUGGUGAGGAUGUACCUGUUGCUGUGUCUCCUGAACAGUACCUGGCAGAACAGAGCGAGAGAGAACCUACACCUCCACCUCCAACACCCACACCACAGAAACCAGAGAGUUACCAGUUACGACACAACAACCACCUGACCAUCGUCCUGGAGGCUCUGGCUCGCGACGAGUCCUUCAUGGACGUCACCUUAACGGCACAAGGACGUUCACUCAAAGCUCAUAAGUCUGUGUUGUCAGCUGUCAGCCCAUACUUCCGAGGAGUGUUGCGAGACAACCCCUGUCAGCACCCCAUUAUCAUCAUGCCUCGAGAUGUGCGCUUCGAAGAACUCUUCAGUAUUGUUAAUUAUAUAUACAAAGGUGAAAUGACAGUGGCAGCUGAAGAUUUAACUUCACUUCUGAAGACGGCAGAGAUUCUCCAGGUCUCGGGCUUAGCUCCGUCUGAUUCCUCCGCUACUGUCAAUCCCCACACUGAUUGUUCAACGGCAGGAAAUGUUCGAUCUUCAUCUGCUUCCUCAUCAUCAUCAUCUUCUAACCUUGCCUCAGCAUCCAGGCCUUCAAGAACAGUUAAAACAUCAUCUCAUCAAACCUCAACUCCGCCUGCUAGACCCAAAUCCAGAGACAGCAUGAUCAAUCCCACAGACUUUAUGGAUGUUGAUAUGACCUGUGUAAAAGAGGAAGUUCAAAGUGCAGAUGAAGAGGAAAAUGAAGAACAAAUUACAAAAGAUUCAUCUUCCCAGCCUCCAGGGAAGCUAGAUCCAACUUUCCAGCAGAAUUUGUCAACAUUUUCACCUUCCUACGACCCCCUUGACCACCCAACAACCUCGACGAGUUCAGUACACGAUACCAGUCCAGCAUUACCUGUCAAAUCUGACCCAGAUGUGACAGCAGAUAUUAAUGUUAUUGCGGAAGAUCCACAUCCCUUCACUUGUCCACAUUGUCAGGAACAUCACAGAGAGAUGGACACCUUGGUUACUCACUUAAGAGUCAGGCAUCCUAGUAAGGCCAGUUUUACAUGCGGUUGUGGUCGUGUCUAUACUCGGCAAAUGUACCACCAAGCUCAUGCAAGAGUCUGUUCUAAUACGUCUUAGAUGUUGCAUUUGUGUUAAAUCUUUCUUUCAACACACCGGCCGUAUCCCACCGAGGCGGGGCGGCCCAAAAGGAAAAACGAAAGUAUUUGUGUUAAAUAUUGUAAUUAAUCUUUUGAUUAAAUGUGUGUGUCUACACAAUGUAAUAUCAGCUAGUUUAUUUAUAUGGAUAUUGUUACUAAAAUUUUGAAUGUCAGAAGAUGCCUCAGAUCGCUCUGAAGCUCAAGAAGUGAACAGGAUUUAAAACCAUUGCACAGGACAUUAUUAUAAUUUAUUUGUUUCUAGUUAGAUUUGCAAUCUGGAGUAUUUUAAGACUAAUUACUAAUAUCCGAUCAGUCUCUAUUUAUAUAUUUCAUUAUUACUGCAGCCAAAGAAUAAAAAUUAAAAUUUAUAAGGCUUAGUUUUAAGUAGUGCUGCACUUUUUGUCAUAACAUUUGACAAACUCAAGUUAGCUCCAGUUUCUUGAAUCAAGAGCCCUUCCACAGCAUCAAGACUACCCCUUUUGAAGGUUGUCAUAACAUACCUUAUCGGUGAUUGUAAAUCUUGGAAAGUUUAUAACACGACUGAAGAUGUGUGGGAUUUGUGCUGAAAGUGCAGUUGGAAAAUACCAAUAAACUUCCAUCGAGAUGUAGUUAACCCAACAGCAUUGAAUCGUAGAAAUAAUGGAGGGAUUUGGAUGUGUUUUUAGUAUGCUAUUGAUUGGUUCUUUCUAAGACCUUUUUAACUCUUGUAACUUUUGCCAUAAUGUUACAUUAAUGAAAUUUUGAGAGUCCAAACAGCCUUGAAAAUAAAGGUGCCCCCAAAUCCAACAAUGGCGGAGAGUGAGGCAUAAGUGUAUAGGUAAAAAUUUGACCAUUUUGUGUAAAAUCAUAUGGAUUUUUUUAACAUGUCAGCUGUCUCCUGCUGAGGCAGGAUGACCCAAAAAAGAAAGAAAAACACUUUCACCAUCAUUCACACAACCACUUACUUUGUAGAGGCGCUCAGAUACGACAAUUUAGAUGUCAUUCCAAACAGUUAAUAUCCAAUUUUUAUUCCCAUCAACCCUUAAACUGUCCAAACGUAGAUCUACUUUUUUUUACAUAAGAAACAAUGUAAAAUCAAUUGUAGAUCUACAUUCGGAGCACUACGCAUGUGAGCGUAGAUCUACGUUUGGAUAGUUUAACCCGUAAACGGUCCAAACGUAUAUAUACGUUUUUUCAACAUUUGAAAGUAUGUAAAAAAGUAGAUCUUUUUUUUUUUGUUAUAUUUGAAAAUAUGUUAAAAAAACGUAGAUCUACUUUUGUAACACUACGCAUGUGAACGUAGAUCCUGCUUGGUCCGUUUACGGGUUAAAGUUAAAUAACGUUAAAUAUCAGUUCGACUCUUCUGAACGGCUUCGGUAUUGUUAUUCCUACAUAUGAACAACUGUGAAUGAUUAGGAACCACCCUCAUCCAAAUCUCGAAUUACACUUCUCACACCUCGACUCUCUUUCCUUGGGAUGGAGUUAGGCUCUCUGAUUGGUUAUUAGAAGAUGAAUUAGAGUUACCCUAUUGGCUAGAGCAAUGUCACCAUUUUAUGUGACCUAAUUGGACUUAAACUUUAAAAAGCUACCCUAGAGCUGGUCCCUGUAUUGGGCUUUACAAUGCUAAAGGAAGACGUUAAAAAGUAAAAAUUUAUAUAUAAUGAACUAUCAAAGAAAUCAAAGGAUAUGGUAAACCAGCAUUUUAUUUAUGUUCAAAGUUUGGAAGUAUGGAAAACAAACCUUUAUUUGGAUAAUGUUUCCUUUCUUGAUGAAGGUGGAGAUCUAAAUCCAAGGAAACAGAUCUAUCUUCCUUUUUCUUGGCUGGAACCUAUUGCUUCUCAUUUCCAAGGUUCGGUUCAACUUUCACCAGUGCACUGCUUCCCCAUGAA